AGAGUAUGAAGCCGAUUUGAACGUGACUGUAAUUAUCAGGCUACUUGCAGGGUUUUUGAUUCGUCAGCUAUUUUGACUCGGUAUUUGACCAAGAAAAUCUUGAACUGGCAGACCCAAAUUCAAAAACACCAAAAGCUUCUGUCACUAAGAAAAAAGCCGGUCCUUGCAUCACGAAAGACCGAAUCGAGCGGUUCCAGACGAAGGUGCGCAGUGCGGUAUUCCAGGACUGCCGGUACCCUUGAAAGAGCAGGAAGACAGUACAAGACCUCACUCGAGCUUGAAGUAACACUGGGCCAUAAGCUGUUUAAAACCAUCACCACAAUCAAAAUGUCACCAGCAAGCGCCGACCCCUUCGACGACCUCCUCACCCUCGAGGACACCCUCUACACCACCGCCCACGACCAAGGCGUCGCAGACGGCGCCCGCGCCGGCCGGAUCGAAGGCCGAAUCUUCGGGCUGGAAAAGGGCUUCGAGAAGUUCUCCGCGCUGGGAGAACUGCACGGGCGCGGCGCAGUCUGGGGCUCACGGCUAGCACGCCGAGUCAAAAACCCAGCAACGACCACAGAACCAACUACAUCAACGACAACAGCAGGCAGCGCACACACCCCCCUCCCACCACUAGCCAACCCCUCCUCCAGACUCCUCUCCAACACCUCGCUUCUCUACCACCUCACCGACCCGCUCACCUUCAGCACCGCGAACACCGAAGCCGGUGUCGAGGACUUCGAUGACCGGUUCAAGCGCGCAGGCGCGAAGGCGAAAGUCAUCGAGCGCAUUGUGGGGGAGAACGCGCCUGGCAAGGACGCCAAGUCGCCGGAGCGGGGCGGCGGAGCGGCGAAGGCGCGCAAUGUGAGGCUGGAGAGCGAUGGGGGCGGGAAGAAGGGAGGCAAGAAAGGAGAUGAUAGUAUGGAGGAUUUUGGAGGCUCGAGGCUGAUUCGUUGAGAGGACGCGUCGCGUGGACGAGAGUCCGAGCACAACCCUUUGAGCCACUGGAGCGAGGUGCGCUGUGCCUAAAGCACGACACGCGGUUGUGACUGCACGUCGAGGCUCAACACGAUACCGGUCGUACGAUGUGAGGGACGACAUGGUUCGACAUGGUUCGACACUCGUGUAGAAGAGAAGGAGCAACCUCUCCCACAGGCAGGAGCAUCACCAACAUCGGCGAACACCAAAUUUCACAAUAGAAUCAGAAGCGCCAUCUUGGUAUUACUUUCAUCACUACGCUUUCCCGAAGGAGCCAGGGUAUAACCAGUUAAACC